AUGAAUAUAAAGGUUCAUUGCAAAAUCGUCACUCAGUCGAUUCUGCAUUUUUAAAAUGGACAUGAAUCAAAACACAAAAUGAAUGUUUGAAAUAAUGAAAGAGGAUUAAAAGGCUAAAAAUGUUGUCUUCUGUCUUGAAUGUUUGCAGGGCUGCAUUUAUUUCGACUGUGAAAACAGCCUUUGCAUUUUCAAUGGUGGCUGUUAUGGCAUUCGUCGUAACUCCUUUAUGUGGUGUAUUGCCGUCAGCGUUAGUACCGAAGAAAAUGCGGACACGUAUGUUGAAAGAGAGUAUGAAACUAAAUGUCAGUUUAGAAACAUUAAAAGUGAUGUGGAGAGUCCGGUACAGGAAAGCUUUAUGUAGUUUGCGGACUGGAAUGAAAGCCCCGGAUCUGGAGGUACUGUCACUAGAGAAGAAACGAAUGAAACUUUUGGAUUUCCAAAAGGCGGGCAGAAUGUUAGUCAUUAACUUCGGAAGUUGUACCUGACCUCCGUUUAUGGCGAAAUUGGACCAAUUCAACAGGAUUGUGACCGAUUUUGCCCAUUCCGUUGACUUUGUUACUGUUUACAUACAAGAGGCUCAUGCGACGAACGGUUGGGAGAUUGCCGGUAAUGACUAUUCUAUUGCUUAUCAUCAAACAAUCGAACAACGCAUUGAAGCUGCUAAACUAUUACUUGACAAAGGAUUGAAAUGUCCUCUUACCAUUGACCUAAUGGAAAACGAAGCAUCAUUGCAAUAUGCAGCAAUGCCAGAGUCCAUAUAUAUAAUAGAGGACGGGAAAGUGAUAUAUCAAGGCCUUGGUCCCUACGCCUAUGAUCCAGCAGAAGUACGUGAAGUUAUAGCGUCGAAAGUAAACAAGUCGAAAUGAUAAUAAAAACAUCAGUUGUUAAUAACAUAAACUAUUGUUUCAAAAAAGAUGUACUUAAUUUACCUAUUCUGUUUCGAAAUGCAUGUAUUUUGAAUGCAAUCAAUGAUGGUUGGCAGGGUAGUGGUGCAUUACACAUUUCUGAGAGAGGGACUUUAUUUUACUAUUAUUUUAGCUGAUUAAUGUUGAUGUUGUUAUUUUUUGUGUUUUGUGUUCUUGUUGUUGUUGUUGUUGUUGUUGUUGUUUAUGGCAUCUAUUCAGACUUCUACAGCUUUAGAAAUCCAAUACAUCUAUUCUAUUUACAAGCAAAUCAUGUUGUUUUAGUAUGAACAUCAUGUUUAAAACCUAUCAUAAGCAUGAUAUGAUGUCAACAAAUUGAUCUGCUUGCAAACAGAAUUAUUGUAUUUUUGUUGUUCGUUUUGAUUUUUUUUUUUUUUUGUUGUUGUUGUUGUUGUUGUUUGUUGUUAUUAUGUUGUUGAAAUGAUAACUUUCGCACUAUAGUCAAUUCUAAAUUACAGUUAAUGCUUUGUCAUUCUUUUUUUCAUUCGAAUUGAAGUAAAUAUUCUAUAUUUUAUACCGGACUUUUAUUUUAUUAACUUAAGAUUGAUUUUAAAUCUUAGAUACUUGUGUAUGAUAUCAACUUUCUUUUCUCUAAACUGCAUUAGGUCAAGUGUUAUAUUAACAGUCUAUGAAUUAACUAGUUUGUCACAUUACAAUAAAGCAUUGAGUGGAUCUUUUAUUAAAACA